AUGGGCUCGAUUUCGCAAUCCGACCAAAGGGUCGCCAUCGUUACCGGUGCUACGAGUGGCAUUGGUUCAUGGUUGGCAGAGCACCUCCACCGUGGUGGCUACCGCGUGGCUCUCUGUGGUAGGCGGGAUAAGGAAGGUCAGCAAGUCGCCCGGUCCAUCGACGCGUCUGGAAACACUGCCAUCUUUGUGCAGUGCGAUGUGAGCUCCUACUCUUCACAAGCCAAUCUGUUCCAAACCGUUUGGAAAAGGUGGGGCCGACUUGAUCUUCUCAUUGCCAACGCUGGCUGCGUGGAUCGCGGCUCCGUCUACAACUUUGCACGCCGGGAUGCGCGUGUCGACGAUCUGCCUUCUGAGCCCGACACUUCUUGUACCGAUACCGACUUCAAGGGCACCAUUUACGGAACCACAUUGGCAACCCACUUUAUGCGCCACAACCCUGGCGGCAAGGGCGGAAAGAUCAUCGUGACCGGCAGCAUGAUUGGCAUCUAUCCAUGCCAAACGUUCCCUGAGUACUGCGGUGCAAAGGCGGCCACUCAGCAAUGGGUCAGGACCGUCGGGCCCAUCCUUCGGGUCAAGGAGAACAUUACGGUCAAUUGCGUGAUGCCUGGAGGUGUCGAAACGCCUGCUAUGCCUGAUUUUAGCAAAGCUUUCCGUGCCGAACAGAUGACGACCAAAUCGACACUGAUUUCAGCGUUUGACUUUUUUCUCAAUGACUCGGAGAAUAGCAAGACGGGCCAGCUGAUCGAAGCCGCGCAUGAUAAACUCGUCGACUGGGGCCACCCGGGGUACAAGAGCGGCGCGUUCGCAAAGCGGACCGAGGCCGUCUUUGAGCCGUGGUUUGCAAUGGUGCAUGGAGAGAAGAGCGGACUACCGGGCGCGAUCCAAGAGUAUCCAGACCACAAGGUUAAGAUUAUUGCCGUGACAGGCGCCACAGGAAGCCAGGGCGGCGGGGUAAUAAACGUUAUGAAGAAGACGCCAGGCUGGAGGGUCCGUGCAAUUACACGAAACCCUGACGGCGACGCUGCUAAGAAGCUCGCAAAGGAGGGUAUCGAGGUGGUGAGGGGAGACUUUGACGACGAAGCAUCCCUUUCUGCUGCUUUCGACGGAGUACAUGCCGUCUUUGCCGUAACAAACUGGUGGGAAUCUCUUUUCCAAGGUAAGAGCCAGCACGAGUGCGGCGAAAUCGAAGAGCGGCAUGGCAUGAACCUGGCACGGGCGGCUGCCGCUUCACGCACCGUAGAGCACUACAUCUGGUCGACAUGUCCGAGUGCGAAGCGCCGGUUCUGGGGCCAUAUGGAGGUGCCGCACAUGGACUACAAGGCCAAUGUCGAUGCUCGCAUCAAGGCGGAGCUCCCCCAGCUUGCCGCAAUCACCACGUAUCUGUACUUUGGGUACUAUCCGCAAAACAUGGCCUUUUUCCCCAUGUGCCAGCCUCUUGAAUACCCUGGAACGGGCCAAUACAUCCAGGCCAUGCCUACGAAGCCCGACGCCAAAGUCCUUCUUGCCGGCGACAUGACGGUGAACCCCGGCAUCUGGGUUAGGCAGGUCCUGGCCGCUGGAGACAAGGCGUUUGGCCGCUGCUCCAACGUUGCAUUGGAAAAGUGGACGUUCCAAGAAAUGGUGGAUAUGUGGUGCGAGGUGACGGGCAAGAAGUGCGUCUUUGCUGAGAUCAGCGCCGAGACGGCAACCAAGCUGCACGGCGUCGUGGGUGCCGAGCUAUCACUCCAAUUCAAGUACGGAGAGGCGUGUGAUCCAUGGGAAGUUACAAAAGACUUUAUUAGCCCAGAGCAGCUGGAAAUUGACCCGGAGGAGGUGGUUGGCUUCCGGGGAACGAUUGCAGGCCUCAAGGCCGCGGGCUUCUGGGCUUAGGAUGCGCGGUCCGAGUUGAAGCCAAUGGGUUGCCGAAAGGAAUACAUAGGGAUGCCUCCCC